UUUCUUUCUUUGUUCCUUUGACCUUUGUAUUCUUCACCUUCCAUUACAAUCGUUCCUGUUCUCGCUCGAAAACGUAUUUGUUACUUAAUCCGCUGUGCUCAACUAACGAAUACAAAAGAAAAGAGAAUACCAUAACUAAUUACAAUAAUAAUAAUAAAAAUAAAAAAAAUGUCUACAUCAUUGAAAUAUGCAGAGGACCAAGAUGGAGUAUAUGUGGCCAUUCCACCUUCACUGGUUCCGCCAUUAGUACGGCAAUUGGCCUCAUCGAACCAUGAUAUCAGAAGUGAAAGUGUCCAUCAUCUGCCCACGCCUGCACCCUCAACCAAUAAUUCGUCUACCUCUCAGGCGUCCACACAUUGGGCAUUCCUAGAUAAUCAAUACCGACGAGGAGUUGGUCCACUUGAUGGUGGCGCCGAGAACAAUGGUAAUAUUUUUGAGCCAGGGGUUGAAUCUGGAUCUGAACCAGGAUCUGAUUCGAGGGGCCAUGCCAAUUCAGAGGGGGCCCCUGUUGCUGCUGCUGUUAGCCCUGGGAUGCUCCCUCCGGCGUCUACUCUACCAGUACAGUUGCUGAAUCGAUUAUAUUCUUUUACGACCAUGACCAAUACACAAAACCCGACCGAUGUUACGAGUACAAGCAACAUUGAUAACACUAGUAACAAUACAUCCUCAAUAACGCCAUCAUUGCAGCGACGGGCUUCUAGUAAUGAAGCAAGUAUACGAGCAAUAACAGCAGCGAGCCGGGCUCACUCUAAUAACGCCAGUAAUUACAACUAUACGCGUUCAAUUAUGCAAUAUCCCGGGUUGAGCCAAACCUCUGACUUUUCUCGCACCGGGACUGGCGCUGCCCCAAUUGCGUCGACUACUACAGAAUCGACGCGUUUGGCUGCAGCGGCUGCGCUCGUCAGCUCAUUUAGUCGUCAAGGCUCCGUAAACAUUAGUACGAAUGAAAUCGGGAUUGGAGCUGAUGGCUUCGCGACCGUUGGCACUAACAACACAGAAGGGGCUGGUCGACGAGCAUCCCUUCGUGGUGAAAGUGCCUAUAUCCCGUCCUCUUUAUCUAUGCUCUUUUCAGAUCCUGAGGUUAUGCAGGCUCAAAGUGAGGUAACAGAACGCGCACUGCUCCAUCAACACGAACAGCAAUUACGGCAGCGCUAUAGGGAUUCCCGUCGAUCGUUUUCCUUCUCAGGUGUCGCCACAGGUAAUGAAGGAGCAAAUCCCGGUAUAGGAUCAAACCCAUUUGGGCCUCCAGGACGUCGACGGAGACGGACUUUUGCAGGAGAGGAUGUGGAAGAGGAGGAGGAGGAGGAAGAAGGUGGCAAUAACGGUGGCAAUGGCGAUCAACGACCCCUUUUACGGAGAUCACAAUCUGAAUUUCACUCUAAUCAGAGCCAGUCUCAAAACCAGGGUCAGAGCCAAGGCCAUCACCUCAAUGUCGUCGAAGGAUAUGGAUACGAAGUCGUUGGGGGACAGACCACUCCGCUGAUAUUAGCAGGAAUGGUUGGUGAUGAAGAUUAUGAAGAUGGAGAUUAUCAUCCGUACGCGACUAUCAUGUCUCGGAGCGAUUUUCUUGCUCCACAUCAACCGUCGUCCUCAAGUCCAUUAUUUCCGUCUCCACUCACAACCCUUGGGGUGUUAAAUGAUCCAUUAGAAGAACAACAGUCGUAUGCUGCUGGCGGCGUAUGGCAAGAUUAUAACAAUAUGGAUCAUUUGCGACGUAUUGGACAGCCCAAUAGCUCCACACCCCUGAAUCAAAGUCAUGCUACUUAUUAUCAUUCGGUGUCCAAUUAUCACUAUUCUUCGCAUGGAAAUGGAGAUGGAAUCGAGACAGAAUCUCGGGUGGAGACUACAAAUGGCAAUAAUAGUAACACAGUCGCUCCCUGUCAGCCAGGCAAUUCACCAUGGAGGAGACUUCACACCCGAGGCUUGAGUUAUCAAUCAUACAUGACUUCCACUACUACAAGUGAUAAUAACAACAACAACAGCAACAACAAUCGUAGUAGUAAUAACAAUGAGAUGCGAAAACAUUGGUUUCGACGCUGUCAAGUCAGCAGGGAACACAUUAGGGAGCAUUGGCUCUGUGGCCCACUGCUAUCUGUGGUUGGUUCUUGGGGCUGUUGUCUAUGAUCUUACGAUCAUGCCUGCUGUUUUCGGAAGCGGAAAAAUAAUAAAAAAGAAAAAGAAGUGUUUUCUAAACCCUACUUCAUUUUCAUUCUUGAUGCAGUGACAGCUGAGGCGGUG